ACACGAUCAUAAAGUCGCAACUUUGCAAAAAGCGAAGUCUUCCACCUGUUUUGUUCUUCUGUGCCUCUCUGACUCCUUCAAAAGCACAGUAAUACUUCAAAACUCAUGUAGAGAGAGAAGUAAAGAUGGCUGAUUCCAAGGUGGAGAUGAUCUCAAGACUAGCUCAAUGGAAAAUAGACAACUUUGGACCCUGCUCUUUCAAAAAAUCCGACCCUUUCAAGGUCGGAAUCUGGAACUGGCAUUUAUCCAUAGAGAAGAAUCGUUACAUCUACAUUCGCCUAUAUCCAGAGCCCUCACGAGUCUCCAAAGAGCAGCCUCCGCUUGCUCGCUUUAUCCUCCGAGUCUGUAUAUCGGGCGCUAAUCGCAAGCAGUACACCUCCCCAAUUCAUGAGAGACUGCUUCGAACAUGUGAAGACUUCGUUUGGCCAGUUGAUCCCACCUUUCAUGGUCGCUUCAUCAUUGAUGUUGAGUUUCUGGACCUGAAGAUCUGCCCUCUGAAUGGUGGAGACGCUUGUUCCAUUUGGCCCGGUGAUGGGGUGAUGCAGUCUGUGUCAGCCCAGAGUUCUCUUCAGUGCCUCUCUCGUAUGCUUGAUGAGGCCAUCCUUUCUGAUCUCACCAUAAACACUGCUGAGGGCACUUUGAGAGCUCACAAGGCAAUUUUGUCUGCAAGUUCUCCCGUGUUUCAAAGCAUGUUCCAUCACGACCUCAAGGAAAAAGAGUCCUCUUCAAUCUACGUAGAAGACAUGCCACUAGAAUCUUGCAUGGCCCUUCUCAGUUACUUAUAUGGAACCAUAAAACAAGAGGAUUUCUGGAAGCACCGACUGGCUCUUCUCGGGGCUGCCAACAAAUAUGACAUUGCUAACCUCAAAGAUGCUUGUGAGGAAAGCCUCUUGGAAGACAUUAACUCUGAAAAUGUACUUGAGAGGCUGCAAGAGGCUUGGCUUUACCAGUUGAACAAGUUGAAGAAAGGAUGUUUGACGUACUUAUUUGAUUUUGGCAAGAUAUACGAUGUCAAAGAUGAAAUUAAAAACUUUUUCAGUCAUGCAGACAGGGAACUGAUGUUGGAGAUGUUCCAAGAGGUGCUUACAGUUUGGAAGCCUGUUUGAAGUAACAAUGGAAUUGAUCUUCACAUACGGACAAACAACAUAGUUUCUUGUAAGUUGUAUAUACUCUUGCACACAUGAGCAUGCUAAGGUUUGCAUGCAGGAAGUCUACUAGUUUAAACUGUGAAGAAUACUUGUAUUAUGAUCUGUGUGGAACCUUGAUCUGGGUAUAAAACUCCUGCAAUUCCAAA